AUAAAUUCGUGCGUUGCAGCUCCUUUGAUUCGCCUUUCCUUGGCUCCUUUCGUGUUAGUCAUUUUGAUGGAUUGUAACAAUAUUUAAGCGCAUUCGUGGUAUAUAGUCAUGGAGCCGGGUUCGACUCACUUCCACACGAUUAAAGUUGAUCAGAUUGCACGGCAGGAAAAGGACAGUGUAUAUGGGUCACAUGCAUGCUUCCCCAUCCAUAUGCGCCAAAAUGCCUCGGGUACAUUGGAUAGUGCCCCUGACUCAUCCACAGCGCACCUUCAGAUAUCAUGUCACACUGGAGACGCCUACGGUACCGGGCAUUAUUUUCAUUCAUCCCCUGAUAUAAUACCAUUCUCAUCUACAUAUCAAUGUUCCGGAAGCGCCUCAGAGUUCUCUAGGAGUGCCAACAAAGAUAGCCUAUUAAGUACUGUCGUCCGUACGCGGAGACGAAAAGCUGGAAUCAGUGACGAAGAGCGAAUCUGCAUAGUUUGUGGUGAACCUGCCUCCGGAUAUAACUUUGAUAGACUGACAUGCGAAAGCUGCAAGGCCUUCUUUCGUCGAAAUGCAUUGAAACCGAAAGAUAAAACUAGUUCUGAUGCUGAGAAGGAUACUUUCUAUCGAGAGCUAUCCGGGCUCAUUCGUCAGGCAAAAAGCACUGACAUUGUGAUCCUCGCAGGCGAUUUGAAUGCUCAAGUAGGUCGUCUGAGCUCCUUCGAAUCACAUUUGGGUGGUCGUUUCGGGGUCGAUGCUCGCCGCACAGACAACGGAGAUCGACUCCUUCAGUUGUGUGCUGAUCACGAACUUUAUCUAGCAAAUACGAGCUUUCAACAUAGAUUGCUGCUGCAAGACUGGGUAGACUGGAACCCUAACCUCAUGCUUGCGGAUGAACCGAUUGAGGUAGUAGACAAAUUUGUUUACCUGGGCAGCUGUAUCAGUCCAGGUGGUCUCGCGAAAGGUGAUGUUUCCAUCCGGAUUGGGAAGGUUAGAGCAGCUUUUGUGAACCUGCGUCACCUGUGGCGUAGGCGUGACAUCAACUUCUCUGUCAAGGGUCGAGUUUACAAUGCUGCGAAACCUGGCCGCUGCGCGCUGAGGACUUCGAAAGACUCAGUGUUUGACCAUCGAUGUCUUCGGAGCAUUGCCCGAGUCUGGUGGGAACAUCGGAUCAGCAAUUCUGAAGUACGUCGAAUGGUAUUAGGGAGAAGUAACUCACCCUCAAUAGAUGAACUGAUCACACUGCAUCGGUUGCGCUGGCUUGGCCACGUGCUGCGUAUGCUAGUCGACCGACUUCCUCGAAGGGCUCUUUUCGCCCAACCACGUGAAGGGUGGAAGAGAGCCAGAGGCGGUCAAACAAUGAUUUGGCAGCGAAGUGUGGAAGCCAUUACCAGCAAACUCAGCUGCGCUACCCCGGAGAAACUCGAGCAACGUGCCAAACCACGAAGGCGGAAACACACGUCAUCCCAAGGGGGCAGUUGCUCUCCUCAGCAUGUGAUCACAACUCCCUCUUCAGGCGGUAGUGGAACUGCCACCAUACAGACCUACCGUCCGACCGGACCCCAUCACCUGCAGGUGUCCUCACUCUCCCACGGAAACAAUGUUGCCCACCGGACAGCGGCCUCCCAUUUCGUUCCGUCCUACUCCGGUUCGCGCCUAGUCGAUUCAGCUAUUACGACCCCCACAGUCCCCUCAUCCCACAUCAAUGCUGACACUCUGGAUCCAUCUAUUCCCAUGGGAUACAACACAAAUCGUACACAUGCUGGCCGGACGUCCAAUUCGAUGAGCAGACAGUCAUUGCGCCCUGUUCCAUCAACUUUCACACCUUACCGACGGUCACAUCUACGGCGCACAAAACUCCGGCGCUUAGGACGACGUCUGAGAAACACAUACUCUAAAGAGAAUAGCUUGUCCACUGAACCUGAAUUUGAGUUGAAUCAUCAGGUACUCAGUUGCCUACAAGACUGUGUGCAGCAAAUACGUGAACCUUUCACUCCUGAUGGUCACUUGGAGACAGGCGUAGCAGUGACUUUGGAACAAGAAUACAAUCGAAUGGAUGCGUGCAUCCGACGCAUCAUUCGCGUUGUCAAACUUUUGCCGUACUUCGCGGAAAUCGGAAAACCGGCACAGCUGAGCCUUUUGCGGGCCAACAUAUACGGUCUCAUCGUGUUGUAUUCGUCCUUCUUCUUCGAGAGUGGUAUCCGAAAGCUGAAUUAUCCUAUUUUACAACGCAACGGACAAGUGACCACUGUUACCGUCUCGAUGCUGGACGAGGUAGUAGCGCCAGAUGCAAGCGAAGAUCUCUCUGAGACCCGCGCAGUUAAAGCUGACCCACUUAGUCCGCUACACAACCCAUCCACGCCUUGUGCACCGGAGCAAAAGCACACAUCCGAGCUGCGCGAGGAAUUCGAACUGUACAAGGCAAAUACCUUGGCUGCUUUCGAUCAUCUCGACCAGCUGAUUGGAACGGAUGAUAUUCUUCGCGUUUGCGUUUUGGCCAUCAAGCUUUUCACGGAUGAUUCCUUCAUAUCUGAAGAUUUGCGCGCUUCUGUGAGUGCGGCGCGGGAAGCUUAUUUACGAUUCCUCUGGGCGUACUUACGAUGGCGCGCCGGUCCCAAACACCUUCGCUCGGCAACCGAGCUUUAUGCACGUCUUCUUAUUGCAUUCAUUGACCUACGGACCUUGGAGAUUCGAAUGACGGAGUUCGCCAAACUUCUCAGUCUGGACAGCCUCAGUCCAUUGAUGCGUGAGGUCUGCAGUCAACGUAACAACAGCAGCAUGUGCUCUGCACGAAUGUGAAACAAGUUCGCUCUUUGUUUAUAACUCCAAGUAUAUUCCUCGCCCUGGGACUCUAGAGUGAGGGAACUGCACGCUGUGAUGCUCUGUCCCACCCAGUAUUGAUGACGCUUCUCUUGUCUUUCGGUGCAGACGAUAGUUUUCUCUUUCUCCGUUUUUCGGUUUACAUACACCUACCUGUUUGCCGAAUUGCAAAAUCAUUCUGUCAACCACACUGGAAACUCUCAGUCAAACCUAAACUUUUAUAUAAGCGAACUGGUUCCUUAUUAUGUUUGGGGUUUUUCUUGCAUUUUCCUACUAACGCUUCGUUUUCAACUCGAUACAGGCAGACAAGGCGUGUGUUUGCGCGACCAAUUAUAUUUACAAACUAACACAUGAUUACGCCGCAGACCUAAGUAGGGCACUGUUUUUGAGACUCUGUGCAAUUUAUUCCCUUCUCCGUCGUGGCGUUAGCGAUGGCGGUAGGUAUUGUAGACACCGUUUUCUUGUGUUGUGAUUUAUGGUUAUCACUUUUCUGGCAGCUGUAGCUAAACAAUACUAAGGUUUGUUGCA